AGAUGAUUUAAAGUAUAGAGUAUAUGCAUACGUUAUAGGCAAAUACUGCCUCAUUUUAUAUCGGAGACUUUAGCAUCUGUUGAUUUUGGUACCCACGGAGGUCCUGGAACCAAUCUUUGAGGAUUCCAAGGACAACUGCAUGAUGCAGGCACACCUGUCCUAGCUGCUCAAGGGUUGUGGGAUGCAGGCAGGUUUUCUCCCCCUUCCCUCUCCCUCCGGUCUCUCUCAUUCAUGAAGUCAGCAGCGGCCAAGCACACAGGUGUUCCCAGCUGCAUAUCUGCGAUACUGAGGAAAGUUAAGAAGUCCCAGGAGUGAAGAGGCCACAGGCCAGGGUCUUCCUCCCUGGGCCUCCAGCAGUGGGGAGCCAGGGAGCGCACCUGCUGCGCCUGGGCCCUCUCCCCUGGGCUUGGCGGCCUCUGCUGGCCCUGGGGAGGGCGGGGCUGGUUGCCAAGGCCUCAGGUAGUGUGGAGCCGGAAGCAGGAAGCAGCCUGUGCUCCCCAGGACCUGCCUGGUUGGGGGAAUCGGAGGCUUCUAGGAGGUAGGUGGGGGCAUGGGGGCCUGGGGGCUGGGCCGCCAGGGGGAGAGAGGGGAGAUGACAGUGGUUGGGGAGAAGGUUGUCAGGGUAGGGACCACGGGGCUGGGCAAGGAGAGAGGCUGGGCCUGGGGCCAAGGGAAAAGUGGAGUGGGAGGGGGCGGGGAAGCUGGCGCUGGGCCAGGAGCGGGCAGAGGCUGGGCUGUGGGAAGCCUGGAUGAGGUCCCUGCUGAACUGAGACCAGGGUUCUGAUGCAGCCUCUGGGGGGCCAGGGCAGGCGGCACUGUGCACGCCAAGAUGGCUGUGUCCACAGAGGAGCUGGAGGCCACGGUUCAGGAAGUCCUGGGGAGACUGAAGAGCCACCAGUUUUUCCAGUCCACAUGGGACACUGUUGCCUUCAUCGUCUUCCUCACCUUCAUGGGCACCGUGCUGCUCCUGCUGCUGCUGGUCAUCGCCCACUGCUGCUGCUGCAGCUCCCCCGGGCCCCGAAGGGAAAGCCCCAGGAAGGUGAGCCCCUGGAAGGAAAGAUCCAAGGGAGUGGAUAACUUGGCCCUGGAACCCUGACCCUGUGUGUCCUGCCCAGUGGCAGUAACAAAGCCUUCUGUCUGCCCAG